CUUUGUGUAGUAAGGGAAAGCAGUAUAAAUACCCCAGGGCAGCUCCGGACAGGGCAACUCCUGCACUGCUUACCUGGGCACAGGAGGCCUCAGACAGCUGCCAAGGCAACACUCCAGGAGCUCCUAGGAAUCCACCUGAGAAUAUGCUGCCACAAAUAGCCCUCUGGCUGCUAAUGUCGUUGAUCUUGGUUCACGGAGAGUUUUAUGCUGAGCAAUACCAAACGCCCACAGGCAUAAAAGGCCCACUCCCCAACACCAAGACCCAGUUCUUCAUCCCCUACACCAUACGGAGUAAAGGUAUAGCAGUGAGAGGAGAGCAAGGUAUUCCCGGCCCACCAGGCCCUGCUGGACCUCGUGGGCACCCAGGUCCUUCUGGACGACCAGGAAAACCAGGCUAUGGAAGUCCUGGACUCCAAGGAGAGCCCGGAUUGCCAGGACCACCGGGACUACCGGGCACUGGGAAGCCAGGUUUGCCAGGACUCCCAGGAAAACCAGGGGAGAGAGGACCAUACGGACCAAAAGGAGAUGUUGGACCAGCUGGUUUACCUGGACCACGGGGCCCACCAGGGCCACCUGGAAUCCCUGGCCCAGCUGGAAUUUCUGUGUCAGGGAAACCUGGGCAACAAGGACCUGCAGGUGCCCCAGGACCCAGGGGCUUUCCUGGGGAAAAGGGUGUACCAGGAGCUCCAGGUGUGAAUGGACAAAAAGGGGAAGCAGGAUAUGGUGCUCCUGGCCGUUCAGGUGAGAGGGGUCUUCCAGGCCCUGAGGGUCCCAUGGGACCACCUGGUCCUCCUGGACUGGGAAAAAGAGGCGAAAAUGGCUUUCCAGGCCAGCCAGGCAUCAAAGGUGAUCGGGGUUUUCCAGGAGAAAGGGGACCAAUUGGCCUGCCAGGUCCCCAAGGUCCUCCUGGGGGACGAGGACCAGAAGGCAUUGGAAAGCCAGGAGCUCCUGGAGCCCCAGGCCAGCCAGGGAUUCCAGGAACAAAAGGCCAACCUGGGAUUCCAGGAACAGGUGGGCACCCUGGGCCUCCUGGUUUUGGGAAACCAGGCUUGCCAGGUCUGAAGGGACAAAGAGGACCUGCUGGACUUCCAGGGAGUCCAGGUGCCAAAGGGGAACAAGGGCCAGCAGGUCAUCCUGGGGAUCCAGGUCUGCCUGGAUCCCCUGGAAGUGUGGGGCCUCAAGGACCAAAAGGCACCCCAGGCCACCGUGGUAUACCAGGUCCUAAAGGUGAAAUAGGGCCAGCUGGGCCCGCAGGACAUCCUGGGGCUCGAGGAGCAAGGGGUUCUCCUGGGUUAGAAGGAAAACCAGGGUACCCAGGAGAGCCAGGUCUCAGUGGUCCUAAGGGUAACCCAGGGUUACCAGGCCCCAAAGGUGAUCCCGGAGUGGGAGGACCGCAUGGUCUCCCAGGCCCCACAGGCCUCACAGGAGCUAAGGGGGUGCCAGGACACAAUGGUGAAGCUGGUCCAAGAGGUGUCCCUGGCAUACCAGGUAACAGGGGCCCCACUGGGCCACCAGGUGUUCCAGGAUUCCCUGGAUCUAAAGGUGAUCCUGGAAAACCAGGUCCUCCUGGGCCAGCUGGUAUAGCAACUAAAGGCCUCAAUGGACCUACUGGACCACCAGGACCUCCAGGUCCAAGGGGUCAUGAUGGAAAGCCUGGUCUCCCAGGGCCUCCAGGCCCCCCGGGCCCCCCAGGCCAAGCAGUCAUGCCUGAGGGCUUCAUCAAGGCAGGCCAAAGGCCAAGUCUUUCAGGGAUGCCUUUUGUCAGUGCCAACCAGGGAGUGACAGGAAUUCCUGUGUCUGCUUUUACUGUUAUCCUUUCCAAAGCUUACCCAGCAAUAGGUGCUCCCAUUCCAUUUGAUAAAAUUUUGUAUAACAGGCAACAGCAUUAUGAUCCAAGAACAGGAAUCUUCACCUGCAGGGUGCCCGGAAUAUACUACUUCUCCUACCAUGUGCAUGUGAAAGGGACUCACGUUUGGGUAGGCCUGUAUAAGAAUGGCAGCCCCAUAAUGUAUACCUAUGAUGAGUAUGCCAAAGGUUACCUGGAUCAGGCUUCAGGGAGUGCCAUAAUUGAUCUCAUGGAGAGUGACCAGGUGUGGCUCCAGCUACCCAAUGCUGAGUCAAAUGGCCUCUAUUCCUCUGAGUAUGUCCACUCUUCCUUCUCAGGAUUCCUGGUGGCUCCCAUGUGAACAUACUCCCCUCAAACAAAUCCAAAUCUUCUGUGUGAAAAGGCCUUCCCAAACUCCAGCCCACCCCACAAAAUGAAUAGAGGUAGGCUGAAAAUAUUUAAACAUCUCCUCAUAAAAGUCCUGC